AUGAGAUUCAAAAAUGAUAACUUAUUCACGUCUUCUGCUGAAUUCUCAUCUGUUAUCAAUGGGGCAUUGCUGGAAUUCGAAUGUUUUAAAUCUGAAUUCAAAACCAUUCAAUUUGUGGCAAAUCGCAUCGAAUUAUCCAUUGAUUUCUCGGUUUCCGACGCUGAAAAUAUCAUUUUGGAAAAUGAGAAGAGACUAGAGGAGGCUGGAGUCAAGGAUAUCAUUCUAGUCAUCGCAUCAUCUGAAGUUUUGAGAUUUUGUCUCGAAAUUGAAGGUCUCAUUUCGAAAGAGUCAUCUUCUACAGUAAUCCCUGAAUUCGUUGCACCAGACAGAAGAGACUUAAAGCGAUACGUGGCCAGACUAAAUCGGACGACGUAUAUCUAUGAUUUCCCUCGAUUAUUCUGCCACGUGGUGGCUCUAGAUGUUUCUCAAAAUCCAGGGGAAAUCAUGGAACUCCAAGAACUCCACAUCGACGAGAACUACCAACUCCAAAUGAUUUCCGAUUCAGAAGAGCUCGAAAGGCGGGCGGCUCACGGGCUGAAUACGUGUUCCGUGGUGGCGUGGCUCGUAAAAUUGAAAACUGAAAAUGAUCGAGAAUUCGUGAGAAGAAGUGCACCGAUUCUUCCGAAACCGACGAAUUCAGAAGCGGUGGAAUGGGUGAAGCAGAAGGUUGGAGAUGAUCUUCGGAAGUAUUUCAACGAUGGAUUCUAUGGAGACGUCACCCAGGAGAUUCAGGAAUCGAGGAGAAGAUUCGAGAAGGAAUGUGCCACGUGGCACCACAAAUCACAAUAA